AUGACUAAGUUUGUUUGGGUUGCGCUUGCUCUCUCGCUCGCUUUGGCGAUUGGGGUUUCUGAGAGUUUUGAUUACCAUGAGAAGGACUUGGCCUCGGAGGAGAGCUUGUGGGACUUGUACGAGAGGUGGAGGAGCCAUCACACGGUUUCCAGGAGCCUCGACGAGAAGCACAAGCGGUUCAAUGUCUUUAAAGAGAAUGUCAAGCAUGUUCACAACACUAACAAAGGUAAUAAGCCUUACAAGCUGAAGCUCAACAAGUUUGCUGACAUGACCAACCAUGAGUUCAGGAGUGUUUACGCUGGUUCGAAGGUUAAGCACCAUAGAAUGCUCCGAGGGCAGCGCGCUGACACAGGCUUUCGGUAUGCAAAUGUUGAAAGUGUCCCACCGUCUGUUGAUUGGAGAAGGAAUGGUGCUGUCACUCCCAUUAAGGAUCAAGGCCAAUGCGGAAGUUGCUGGGCGUUUUCGACAGUUGCAGCUGUUGAGGGCAUCAAUCAAAUUAAGACAAAGAAGCUGGUUUCGUUGUCUGAGCAAGAGCUCGUCGACUGUGACACGGAACAAAACCAAGGAUGCAAUGGAGGGCUAAUGGAACUGGCAAUGGAGUUCAUCAAACAAAAGGGAGGCCUGACAACCGAAACUAAUUACCCUUACCGAGCAGCAGAUUCAACAUGUAAUGUUGCAAAGGAAAACGCUCCGGUUGUGUCCAUUGAUGGCCAUGAGAGUGUGCCUGCUAAUGACGAGGAUGCAUUGCUCAAAGCAGCUGCAAACCAACCUAUUGCUGUUGCCAUCGAUGCUGGAGGUUCCGAUUUCCAAUUCUACGACGAGGGGGUAUUUGACGGGAAAUGCGGCACAGAGCUUGAUCACGGAGUGGCAGUUGUUGGCUACGGAACAACACUUGAUGGAACCGAGUAUUGGAUAGUCAAGAACUCAUGGGGACCCGAGUGGGGAGAGAAGGGUUACAUAAGGAUGCAGCGCGGCGUCUCUGCUAAGGAGGGGAUCUGUGGAAUAGCUAUGGAGGCUUCGUAUCCCGUCAAGAACUCUUCGACAAACCCUAAAGCAGCAGUUACCUCAAAUCCUAAGGAUGAACUCUAAACAAAAUCCAACCGUCAACUUUAACUUCUGCUGAUGCUGCCUCUGUUAUAAAAAAGUUGCAUCCCUCAUGACCUCAUGGCCAAAUAAUGCCUCCUAGGUUUGAAUUAUUCAUGCAUUAUCUAAGAUCUGUAACUGGUCUGCUAAAAAGAAAUAACAUUGUCGAUUUAAUCUCCUCAAA